AUGGAAGGUCACGUCCUUGCCAACGCGCUGGUGCCGCGAGUGGGACAGAUAAUCAGUGUCAUGCUGGAGAUCAUUACUUUUGGUGCACUAACUGUUUGUAUAAUGCGACGAACUCAGUCCAUCACGAAGUGGAUGGCACUGCCUUUGGCCACGAUAUGUUUGCUAUGUUACAUGACGACGAAGAUCCUGACAUACUAUUUCCUUGUUGAGAAAGCUUAUGUCGUUCGGGGGAGUCAAAAGCCUCGCUUGAAGACUAAGCUGUGGCUUUUCAACUGCCUAUUCAUGCUACUGCCGUAUACCGUCUUGGUUGUCUUGAAUUUCGUCUACCGAAUAAGCUACAUCGAUGACGAGGGCGUAUGCAUUAUUGGCAUGCAGAGGAUUGCCAUGCUACCCUUGAUCAUUUUCGAGGUCGUUGUGAACAUUUGCCUGACUGCUCUCUUCGUUGUUCCCCUCCGCAGUCUCUACUCGUAUCAAAACAACACAAACCCUACACUCCGUCGGAUAGCCAAGCGCUCGCUCAUGGGCUCCCUCGCCACCCUCACCACGUCCGUCGUCAACCUGACCGUCCUCAUGAUACUGCAAGGUGAACCAUCCUGGAUCUGCUUCAUCUGCUGCAACGCCGAUAUUCUGUUCUGUUCGCUGGUGCUACAUUGGGUCACAUCCAAAGACAAGACGAUGAUGACUACCGACGCAACGAGCGGUACGGGAGGCGAAAACAUUGGUUCAAGACACGGCACAACAUCACACCAAAGGCGGCAAAGCAAGUUGAUAUACGGAGACAACACAGAAGAAAAGCUGCGCAGUGAAAUCAUCACCAUCAAGGGCAUGGCCGACGUGUCGCCGACCGGCGGCAACAGCAUCAGCAUCAGCAGCAGCAGAACCAACAGCGGCGCAAACUCCCGAAGACCCAGCCUCAACGUUUUCCCUUGCUCAAUCAACACACACAAUCCACAUCACAACAACCGUCCGCAGACUUCACCACGUUUAGUGCUUUCGAGCGUCACAACGGAAUGCAAAUCCUCGUCCCCGCCCAGCAAAUUCCGCGCCCCAAGUCGCGGCAUGUAUCGCACACCCACACGAGAGGAGUUCGGGGAUGAGGUCGAGUUGAACAAUAUCAGGGUGCAGACUAUCCAUACGAGGGAGGUGGAGAUUGAUGAGGAGGGGAGGGAGCGGACGGGCAGUGUGAGGAGUGAGGGAGAUGAGUGGGUUGGUCAUGAGCGGAGGGUCAUUGGGGACGGUGUAGUUUGA